GAUACAAACAUGCUUAUCUCACACACACACACACACGCACACACUCACACUCUCACCCUCACACACACUGUCAGUAGAUUCGGGACGCAGUGAGGAUCAGCUGAUGUCGGAGCUGCUGGAUGUUUCUGACAAACAUCAGGUGCUGAAGACGAACAGAUACAGACAUGAUCCCCUAUUCUCCCUGAGGAACGGACCAAUCAGCAGUCAGGAUGAUGCCCAAGCAGCUGGCUCAUACGUCCCCAGGGAGCGUGUUGUCGCUGAGAGGUGCCGGCAUCCCAGGAUCCCCUGCUGCCGCCAUCGUGGCCCGAGUGGAGGAUGGGGUUAUCGGCUACAAGGACUUGGCGGCGUUACCGAGAGACAAAGCCAUUCUGGACAUCGAGCGACCAGACCUGAUGAUCUACCAGACGCACUACAGCUACAGUCCACUAGAGAGGUCUUUGUCCCCCCGCUCCAUCUCUCCUCCCUCCCCAGAGAACCUGCCCAAGGAUUGGCUGGAGAACCGUUCCCCCGGAGGUUCCUCUCCCGGUUCCACCGUCCCGACCAGCAGAACAGACAGCGCACACACACCACCCACCCCCCCAACACCACACACACUGAACACACACUCCUCUGGAACCAGGAGCUCCGUGCUGCACUUCCACAGGCCUGAAAAUGGUUCCAACAUCUACAAGAAGCCUCCGAUCUACAAACAAGACGUGUCGUCCUCUCUCGUCCCUCAGGGGAAACAGAUUGAGGAUCUGAUCAUCGAGUCGUCAAAGUUUCCAGCAGCUCAACCUCCAGACCCGAACCUGCCGUCCAAGAUCGAGACCGACUACUGGCCCUGCCCCCCCUCCAUGGCUGCGAUAGAGAAGGAGUGGAGGAGGAAGGAGAAGAGGGAUGACGAUGAAGAGGAGGAUGAUGAACUGGGGGGACUCAGAAUUCUUCAGAAACAAGAACUCAACAAGAUUCAGUCUAAUCUUGGUAAAAUCAUCCUAAAGGAGGAGCUGGAAAAAUCUUCAACUCCUCUGAGGAGAAAAACUCGCUCCCUGCCGGACCGCAGCCCAAACACUGGGUCAAACGCCUCCAGGUCGCCUUGUUCCCCAGACGCCUCUAAGGCCGGCCCCUCCAGGCUUCAGUCCACAGAGUUCAGCUCCUCCCACAAAUCUCCUGCAGGUCUCCAGAACGGAGACUCGAGGAUGGACAGAGGGAACUCUCUUCCCAGCAUGUUGGAGCAUCAGGUCUACCCGUAUGAGACGCUGGUGGUGACUCAGCGAGGACGAAGCAAACUGCCUCCUGGUGUGGACAGAACCAGCCUGGAGCGCCACCUCUCUCAGGAGGAGUUCUUCAGUGUCUUCGGGAUGUCCAUCGAGGACUUCGACUGCUUGUCUCUCUGGAAGAGGAACGACAUGAAGAAGAAGUUCUGUCUCUUCUGACUGUGGCCAGGACUCCACCUCCCACAAUCCCCUGCACCUCCUGGGAUCACCGAUAGGAAACCACGCACUCUGAACAGAGCGUCACUGUCAGCAUCACUAAGGCCAUCGUCGCCAUAAUCAUCAUCAUCAUCUUCUUCUUCUUCAUCAUCAUCAUCUUCAUCUUCUUGUUCUUCAGCUCUCUGGUGAGACUCAGAUCAGGUUGGAAUCUUCAGUCUCUGGAAGUUUGAUUCAAACGAUGAAACGACACAGCGAGAAGAAGAGUGGUGGGCGGGACCUCAGAGAACCAGGGGCCAACUAAGAUGAGCCUAAAACUGAUGACGCCUUUUUUAAGGUUUUGAUAAAAACUCCACAGGAAAGUCAAAUUAAUUUAGAUUCAGAAUCGUUAAGUCAACAACUGUUGCUGAGCAGCAGCGCCCCCUGCAGCCACACGUUGGGAUCAGUUCUGUCGGGCUCCGUGUCCGAGCUAUAAAGUGACUGCGUCGUCCCACUGGAUAUUACCCAUGAUCCUCUGCUUCUUGAACCAGAAGAGCUGCUGCUGUAACAAAUCCACGAACUCUGUUCAGAAUUCUUCAUGAUUCACAGUUUCCUGCUGAAUCUUGGAGAUAAACUCUGUUUUUUAAGAACUUCAGAGUCUUUCUAACUGAUCUCAGUUCAGCAUCAAGGCUCAUUUAUUGAGCUUUUACAUACGAAGAGAGAUUCUUCCGAUUCAAACCGUCACUGCCCCCAUGGUUUCAGUUGGAAUGACAGUUUAGCAAUAUGUCCACUAGAGGACAGCACAGAGUCAACAUGGUGAAGGUGGAGGAGGUGUGAUAACGUCCCUCUGGUCUCAGGUGAAAUGACAUCAUAUCGAUACUUGGAACAGUUUCAGCAUCUCUUCCUCGUGUCUUAUGGAAUCAUCACAACACGGACACAAGGCUCCAUCGUUUCAAUCUGCUGCUUUAAGGUAGAAAAGUUUUAUAGUGUUGAUUUAAGUUGAACUGGUUUUUACUGUUGAUCUCACACGACCACGAUUUUAUAAGAUACAACAUCAGCUGCACCAGUCGUUAAAAGACGAUCACAUGUUCGGCUGUCCACAUACUUUUAUUGUAUGUGACACAUUCAAUAAUGAAUCCAAAAAAUUAAAUGACGGAAUUUUUAAAAGUUUAAAAACGAUAAACUGUCAUCGGCUGAUUCUCGAAUCUGAAUCGUGGCGCUGAAACUAUCUCCUUGUUUUUCUUUCUAUUUUAGCAAAAGCCACUGCCCUGUGUUAUCUAUGUACACUGCACACACACACACACACACACACUCACACACACACACGCACACACACACACACACACACACACACACACACACACAUACAAGUGGAACCAGAUCUCGGAGACAGAGUCUGUCACUGCUGCUCACCAAUUUGGACUCAUUUUCCCACAAUGCAUCGCUCUCACGCUGAAUGAAAGAAAACUGAUGGACCAAUGAAAUGAGAGAGAAAACUGGGACCUGUCGUACAAACGUAAAAAUAUUUCUAUUGACGGCGUUCAGCUUCGAUCAAAAAUCUCUCCAGGUGUUGACGUGUUGACGUGAGCCCUACCACACCCAGAACCCUAAUCAGAACCCUUUGUAGAACCUCACAGAACCCUGACCUUUCUGAACGGGUUCCAUCGAGCUGUUGUAACAUUGACCCUUGAAAACAAACCAAAAGAAAACUAAAUGUGGCCUUUGUUGUAGACGCAGAUGUAAAUAAUCAUUUCAGCUUCACCCACUAUAACUCAUAUUAUACUGUGGCGACUUUUCUCUCACAAACUAACAAUCAUCAGCUGCCAUCAUAUAAAACAUAAAUAAGACUUUAACCACGUCAGUUUCUGUUUAAUAUAAUAAAAGAUGAUCUAACUAUUGAAAAAGGAAUUAUUAGACUUUUUGAACUGAAUAUAUUUUCCUACAGUACUUUUAUUUUGGCAGUGCAGCAUUGGUCCUUCCUGUCCCUCCUGAUAUGAUGAUGUCAUGUUUCAAGUUAUUUACACUCAGUGUUUGGAUUGUUGUGAUUUAUUGAAGCUGAAAUGAGACGUGAGCUCGAUCUCGCUGCAGUGUCACUGUCAUGGCGUCGUCCUGUGUCACUGCCACCACGCCACCAUGCCGCUUCGCCACCACGCCGCCACGUGCUUCCUGCGUCUGUGGAACAAAAUGACUGAAAAUCAAAACAAAAAAAAGUUUGUUUUUGGAGUGAACGCACAUUAGUCACUUUACGUCUCGAGAUGAUUGACUUUGUUCUUUCCCUUUGAUGAUACUGAGAGGAUUCACGCUUUGUUCUGAUUGGUUGAGUUUUCCUUCGAGACAGGAAGUGGGUUGCUGUGACUAACACCAUGACGACACAAAGAUUGUUCCGUGUUUAUUUCUUUUUCCUUUUUGUACAUUUUCAGGUGAUUUAUUCUGUUGUUAUUGAAUUAUUUUAAGCAUCUGAUUGGCUGAUGAGACUUCUGUAUGCAUGAUGUCACCGUGAUAAUGUCAGACUUUUGUUUCAAUGGAUGAUGUAACCUCACAUAGUUACAUAGUCAGAGGUCGACCUGCAGCUGAUGAUGUCAUGAAUAACUGCAGCUAACAGGUGAUGUCACAGGUGAAUGGUGACGUGAGUGAAUAACAUGAGUUUCAAUAAAGAGCAUUUCUCUUUUGCUUUGAUCAGAAA